GGCGCCCUCACAAGCCAAUAACAACAGAGAGAGCCGCUGCACACUCCCUCAUCCGGGAGAGGCGGGUUCCUGCCUGGGCCCCGGCACCAGGUUGAAUACGGUGAGCGGCCGUCUCCGGGCGAGCAUCCUGGUGAGGGCACCGGAAGAGAAGAUCGUAGAAUUAAAAGGCUGUGUGCAGAGAUUUGAAAAAUGGCAACAAAUGAAAGUGUCAGCAUCUUUAGUUCAGCAUCCUUGGCUGUGGAGUAUGUAGAUUCACUUUUACCCGAGAAUCCUCUGCAAGAACCAUUUAAGAAUGCUUGGAACUAUAUGUUGGACAAUUACACAAAGUUCCAGAUAGCAACAUGGGGAUCCCUGAUAGUUCACGAGACCCUUUAUUUCUUGUUCUGUUUACCUGGGUUUUUGUUUCAAUUUAUACCUUACAUGAAAAAGUACAAAAUUCAGAAGGAUAAACCAGAAACAUGGGAAAACCAAUGGAAAUGCUUUAAAGUACUUCUCUUUAAUCACUUUUGUAUCCAGCUCCCUUUGAUUUGUGGAACUUACUAUUUUACAGAGUAUUUCAACAUUCCUUAUGGGUGGGAAAGAAUGCCAAGAUGGUAUAUGCUUUUGGCAAGAUGCUUUGGUUGUGCGGUGAUUGAGGAUACCUGGCACUAUUUCCUACAUAGGCUCUUACAUCACAAGAAAAUAUAUAAAUAUAUUCAUAAAGUUCAUCAUGAGUUUCAGGCUCCAUUUGGAAUGGAAGCUGAAUAUGCACAUCCCCUGGAAACCCUAAUUCUUGGAACUGGGUUUUUCAUUGGAAUCAUGCUUUUCUGUGAUCAUGUAAUUCUUCUUUGGGCAUGGGUGACCGUUCGUUUGCUAGAAACCAUUGAUGUCCACAGUGGUUAUGAUAUUCCUCUCAACCCUUUAAACCUCAUCCCUUUCUAUGCUGGCUCUCGGCAUCAUGACUUUCACCACAUGAACUUCAUUGGAAACUAUGCUUCAACAUUCACUUGGUGGGACAGAAUUUUUGGAACAGACACUCAAUUUGUUGCCUACACUGAAAAGAUGAAGAGUGGGAAAAAGACUGAGUAAAUAUUUAUGUAAAUCUUCCUAAAGAUAUAGAUUUUCCUGAAUUAAAACUAGUAGCUAACUCUGCUUCCGGGGAGCAGAAAUAAACGUGUGUCUUGGCCGCUGAGUGAUUUUAAAAAUGAACAACUUUUAUCUUCCUAGUGGGAACUUUUUCUACUUUCCAUUCCAGUUCUGUAUGUGUAGGAAUAAGUAAGGACGUUUUAAAGGCCAUGUUGUUAACCUUACAAAAAGGUUUUAAGUAUUAGAAGAAGUAUUAAUCUAUGUCUUUUCCCCAGUAACACCAUAGGCCUGAAGUGGAAAUAGCUCUUUAAAUCUUUUAAAUAUAUAAUGAGCACUUCAAAAACUACUAAUAGUGGAUGUUGGCCUUAUAUUGAACUUGUGACAUUUUUUUAGAGUUUGCCUAAAGAUCAAAAUAUCAUAGGUUGAAUGACAUCAAUUGAUACAUUUGAAUGAGGCUGCAAAAUUAGGACUAGCCAGCACCAGAAUUUCCAGUCUUCUCUGGAGCUGACCAGUUUGAGGUGAUUUUCUUUCUUUUAGAAGGCCUUUUGGAUUCCAGUGUACUACUGGCCUCUGUAAAUUAGGGUAUUUCUGAAUUGAUGUAUAUGGAAUAUUUUCGUCUAAAGGUUUUCAUGCUUCUUGAAUUUUUAAAAAAAAAAAAAUGAAGCUUUAUUCCUGCUCUUUACCCUUUAAUUUUUGUAAAUCAGGUUUUUAUUACACUUAAAGCUAUAUCUUGAAACUUUGUGAACUGACUUGUAUUUGCACUUUGAGCUAUUAAAAUAAAUGUCUGGUUUUUUUGUCUGAUUACCUGGUUUCCAGUUUUGAACAUCAGUUGUCACUUCUUAUAUUAUUCUUAUAAGGAAAAGCACAGAGAUGUUAAAUUAUUGUUUUGCAAUAAAAGGAAUGAUUUUA